AGCGCACAACUUUGGGUGGUUAGGGAGGGUUUGGGGCGGUAACUGGAUGGCAAUGUUUUUCCAUCAACACACGCGCGGCAGAGAUAAUCUACGGGUAAUCUACAGUAAGCCCGUGACCAAGUAAAUAUGAUUUUUGCAAAGUGACCACCAAAACAGGUGGAUUGAGGCAUAGCCACACAAACACGCGUACACCACAGUGCCCACUGCGGGAAAUAGUAGUAGAAGGUGUUUGUGGCGGACGGAGCGUAGAUGCAAUUGGGGAUGGACAAGCGAACGUUAGAGUCGGAUUAGUUUUCCCCCAUUUUUUCCACCGAUGCCGAUGCCGUCUCGCUUGUUCGCGUGUUUCCUGCGCCUUGCGCCAUCGUUCCAUCUCUCACCUGGUCGCUGGUCGAAACGCCUAACGACAUAGAUGGAGGAGAUGGCGGCAGCAUCAUCGAACAACAAUAAUACCAGCAUCACCACCACCACCACGACCAUCACCGCAAGCAACAACAGUACCAACAUCGAAACAGAUGAGUUCAUCAAAAAGAGCCGGGUGACGCGUGCUGCACCGCCCAAACCGGCCUACGAUCCGUUGCAGUUCGUACAGAUAAAGCCGGCAAAGCUGUACGAUCUGAACAAGGCAAAACCGACGACCGAGCGCAAGCCGGAGGUGAAAACGCAGCGCGAGGUAGAGGAUGCCGAGGAAUGGCAGUGCAAUUUGGACAAUUGGAAGUCAUCGCGCAGGAAACGGGUGGAGCACAUUAUCGACAAGAUCACCGAGGCGAAGAAGAUCGAGCAGGAGGAGGUAUGCCGGGGACGCAAAAAGUCGAAAACGUUUUCGGAAAUGUUGGAAAACAGCGGAUCGAAGCGACGGUUUAUUCUGCCGGAGAACGAGGAUGAUGACGAGGGUGGAAGCUUUAGUGAUGAUCUGCAUGAUCCGAGAGAUUUGGCCAAACAGCAGUACAAGGAUGAAUCAACGGACGAUCGGGCGACCGAUGACACCAGCAGCUGCUGCUCGUCCAAGGUCGCGGACGGAGAAUUAAAAACACCGGACCCGGACGAUACGCGGGAAGCGCCGGAAAUGAAUGAAUUUUCGCUCGCAAUCGAAAACUACAAGUCCAAAUUUCCCCAAAUGACCCAAAACAGACCGUCGGUGUUAGGCGGUAGCGUUAUGACGACCAACACGGCCGGUUCGUCCGUAGUUAGCUCAAUUGAAAGCAAUAGUAACGAUAAUUACGAAAGCAAUAGUGCAUGCGACGAUAGCGACGUGCAGCAACAUGUACAGACGGUGGCGCUGGAAUGCAUUACUCAGCAGCUUUCCGCGCUGGAGGUGAAGCGGGACGAAAGGUCCACCCUGGUGUCGGUGGAACCGAUGGAGAACCGAAUGCAUAUAAUGGGGGGCAACAUCGAGCAACAGGAACAGAAAAGUCAGGAAGACAGUCCAAAGGUGAACGUGAUAGAGCGGCGAAGGUUGUUCGAGCAGUUUCAACAAAUGGCCCACACGGCACCCGAUACGCCGACACCUUCGGCCGUACCGAAACCGUUGAACGUUGCGCCUACGCUGGCAGCUACCGGAGGGCAACAGGAACGCCCUCCGGUGGAAGAUACAUCGUCCGCUGGUGAGGAGCCCCCAGGGUCGGCUUCAUUGUCCUCGUCCGAAUGGUUCGCUGCGGGCAGCAUCCGGGAACGGCGGGCUAUAUUCGAGCGGUAUCAAUCGAACGAAAUGAUAGCGGAAGAGCACGAGCAGCACGUGGGCGGUCGCAGCCGCAGCAGCAGCACGGUGGUAGUUAAGAGUCGCUCGGAAUCAAACGUUGGCUUUAUUAAUGGCAGUACGGGGCGUUUCGAACUGGCUCUAAAUCAACUGAAACGAAACGGGGGUGCCGAUUACUGCGAGGACAGUGGCAUCCAGUCGACGACAGAUUUGUCGCGCAGCUCGGUCGUGUCGCAGGCGGAUGAAAAUGAUCCUUCGCUGCUGCUGCUACCGGACGAUAUGACCGGCAAGAGUCCCGUCCGUUCAACGACACUCGAUUCGGCGAGUGAAUUUUCCGACACCGAUUGCAGCAAUGGACAGCUACUGGACAAUGCACUCGAUGUGGCGUUUGAAGAGAUGGAUAGUGAACUGAACGAAUCGGGCACGGUGGAAGAUGAUCUUACGCCUCAAAAACCAGAACCGGCUUCGAUCCCACAGGAAACAGAAAUAGUGCCCUUAAGCGUGGUUUCGCUAGCGUCGUCCGAUUAUGUACCAACAAGCGAGGUACCGAACAGCGAACAGAUUGUACUGAUGGCUUUGCCGAAAUCAGCCCUAACCCCACCGAAAGAAAAGCCACCACCUCCGCCCGUUGAUGAAGACACGGAGCUGGAGAUGCAAUCGUUAACGACCGGAGCGAUAAUAACGGACUGGAUGCAAAAAGAUGCACCAGCAGCGAUCAUGCAAACGAAUGGAAACGGCAAUACUCAUGACGACGUACACCUGCUGAAUGCUUACGAACAGAACGUGCAGCGUGUGAUCGAUAAUGGCCACCGGCAGGAACAUUUGGCUGACGAGCAGUGGAGAAGCCUGGAAAGCUACGAGGUGGUGCAGCAAGUACAACAUCAACAGCAGCUAAAACAGCAACACGAACAGCAGGAGAAGGAACAGGAAAGGGAUAAAGAUCAGCAAGAAAUGAUGGUGUACAGUAAUCGGAUCGAGACACUACCACCCCAUCACCAUCAUCACCAGCUGUACGAUGCUGGUGAGCACGAGGAAAUAGUAAGCGUGGAACGGGAGCUUCUGCAGAUAGAACAGGAGGAACUACAGCGGCGAAGGGAAAAGCAACUGUUCUACGAGAAGCUAACGAAAGCAGAUACGGCGCGAAUAAUGGAGCCGCCGCACUCGAAUCAGCUACAGCAGCAAUCUCAGCAACGUCAACCGCAGCAACAGCAACCGUACUAUUACUCGCACCAUCAGCCACACCAUCACAACCUGCAUCAUCUGCAUCACCGCGCUUCCAUGCCGACGAUCGACAGUCGAUCGCUGCAAAACGUUAAUUCGUACGCUUCGUACGAAACCCCUUUCCUGGAUGAUGCGAACACCGGGUACGAGAUGGGCUCGUUGCACCGCGAAUCCAUGCCAAAUCUUUCGAAUGUUGCCGCAUCUUCUUCCCAUCCAUCAUCGUUGUCCUCGUACGGUGAGGAAUAUUCGGCCAACUCGGCGACGAGCUUCGAUGGUUCGACCUGCUGGCCGCCGGUAGAUCAUCGACCAGCACAGGGUGCCUUUUUCGAUAAGCGUCCCGCAGUAGCGCCACGGCCUCCGAUGAAUGGUAUGCCAUCGGAUCGUGCCUCACUGCCACCGGGCGUUGUCAGGUAUCAUGCGGCUGGCGGUCGCAUGUCGAACAAUAUGUUUGAGCAACAUCCCAAAGAUAGUAAACAAAUAACACAGCAACAAGCGAUGGUGGUGAACCGUGGUCAGGGAGGCGGUGGAACCAACAGCACACCGUAUGGACAACACUGGCUGGUGCAGGAAGCAGAACAAAGGCGCAUCGAACAGCAUCAGAAGAGCAACACUAACAACGCCAAACGGCCAUUGCCAAAGUUUGUCAUCGAUGCAAUAACGCAGCGGGUCCAGAAGCUAAAUGCGGGAAGUCCGGAAAACUCGGACCGUAGCAAUUUAUCAGAGGACUCGGAUCUGGCAAUGAUAAACUCGAUGAAACAUCAUCACCAUCAUCAGUCCCCAUCAUUGCCUCCGCCACACCAUCAUCACCAUCAUCAUCAUCAACAACAGCAGCAGCAACAGCAACUGCAGCAACAAUCUCUGCCUCCACUUCCGCCACAGCAGCAAAAAUAUUCCAACACAAGUGACAAAGUGUUGAGCGUGAGUGGAAAGAAAGAAUGCUCCCAUUGCCGAAUAGAGUUGGGCAAAGGUGCAGCGAUGGCCAUCGAAAGUCUGGGUUUGUUCUACCACAUCGAAUGCUUCAAGUGUUGCGUUUGUCACGUUAAGCUCGGGGAUGGCACCAAUGGUAUAGAUGUACGCGUUAGAAAGUAUCGACUUCAUUGCCAAAACUGUUUCUCUAGUGAAGACGGUGUAAAGUUUAGUUGCGUUUAGGUAAUGCAGCAAAGCAAAGGGUAAACAAAAAACAAGGAAGAAACAAUAAUUUAUUAAACCCUUCCCCACCUUCUUCUCCAGCUUUCCUUAUUCCCAAGCCCCAGCUACCCCAGCCAGCUCAGCCUUCCAACUACUAAUCCAAUUAUAUUUGUACGCGGAACUUGAAUUCUAUGAUUAUUACUUACUAUAAUGAUUACGAUGUUUAUUAUCGAUUAUGUAUGAUUCUAGGUAUUUGUUCGUUUCAAUAAAAAAGCAAUAACUGUGAAAUUAA